AUGGUUGCUCAAGGAAGAUUUUUGUCAAAUUUUCUGCUGCUAUUUGUGCUAGCGUUGGCAAAUAUUAUCGUAUUUUUGUACUUCACCCAUCCAACUUUAUUGAACUUGAGACAUGAAACACCAAAUGAUGUGUUGCGAAGUAAUCAGAAUUUGCUUGACACAAUGUUAAGUAACACUUUAGACAACGGCACUGUGUUCCAUGAAUCCAAGCAGUCAAGUGAAAGCGGCAAUGAUAAAAAAGAAAGUCAACCGUCAGUUAACCAGUUCCCCAUUGAUUUAAAAAAAAGACCAAUAUUGGCACAUGAUUUUAAACUUGUGAUCAACCAUCCAGAUAAGUGUAUGAAUCCAGAUGGCACACCUGCUGAAGUGUUUCUCUUGGUACUCAUCAACUCAAUACAUAGGAAUUUUGAGCAAAGACAAGCAAUCCGAGACACUUGGGGAAACCCUACUAUGGUGAAUGGUCAGCGAAUUAUAACAAUGUUUCUUCUAGCAAAAGUACAUGAUGACAAACUCCAGGCCUUGGUUCUCCAAGAGAAUGAGAGAUUUGGGGAUCUUUUGAUGGAAGAUUUUGACGAUACUUACAUGAACUUAACAUUGAAAAGCAUAAUGGGUUUCAAAUGGGCGAAUAAUUAUUGCUCUCACGCGAGAUAUGGCAUGAAAACAGAUGAUGAUAUGUUUGUCAAUUAUGAAACACUUGUCAAGCUUUUAAUUGACUCACUUGACAAAGAAUUUGCAGUGGGAUUUCUUAUAAAUGGUUCUCCCAUCAGGGACGUUAAAAGUAAAUGGUACAUGUCUCGCGAUGUCUAUCCUGAUAGUAAAUAUCCACCGUUUCUUUCGGGUACUGGCUAUGUCAUGUCAAUGGAUGUUAUGUGUAAUACUUAUAAAGUUGCAUUAGAGACGCCAUUUCUAUAUCUUGAAGAUGUGUUUGUUGCUGUCUGCUGGAAUAAACUUGGCAUUGUGCCAAGAAAACAUCCUGAGUUUCACAACUGGAAAAAAGUUUACUCACUUUGUCGCUAUCGUAAGAUAAUAACAUCACAUAUGGUCACGCCUAACGAGAUGUACAGAAUAUGGCGUGACAUGGCAGCAAAGAAGAGCAUUUCGUGUUAA